GUGUCAGCCAUUUCCGGGGCGUGGAGCAGACUUAAUAAUACAGUGACCGGUUCUCGUCUGAAGUCAACUUCCUUAUUUCAAUUAAUUUCUUGUAGGAAAAAAAAAAAAAUUUCCCCCCUUAUAACAUCUACAUCACUUUAACGGUCAUGUCUAAAAACACUGGUGCCACCUUGUUUCGCAGCUUCAACGUCGAUGAUUACGACGAAGAUAAAUACCAAGAUGAACAUAACGAAGAUCAGAAGGAGCAAGGACCGAAUUAUAGUGAAGUAGUGAAUUUCCUCAACGCGGGUAAAAAUGCAGAUGCCUUGAUUCAUAUUCUUAACAACCCACCGGCUGACACAAAAGUUUCCAGGGACAAAACAUCCCAACUGACAACGAAAGUUCUCACAUCAUUCCGAGGCAAUGAUAUGGACACUGCUGUUGAAGGUCUAAAUUCUAAACAGAUAGAUAUGUUGAUGAAAUACAUUUAUAUAGGUUUUGAGUUCUUCUCAGAAGGUAGCAGUGCCAUAUUGCUUACAUGGCAUGAAAAGGUGUUUGCCAUUGGCGGUUUGGGCUCAAUAAUCCGUGUGCUGACAGAUCGCAGCAGAGUGUAACAGCAAGCCUUGCCAGUUGUUGCUAGCACUGAACAGACAACAGCUCUUCUGAUGGAUAUAUUGCGAUCUUUCUGUGUUGCUCAGCCAACAUCCAGGAUCUGCAUAAGGAAAAGAAGCACAACUAUAUAUACAUAAAUACAUACAAACAUACAUUCAUACGUACUUACAUAUACACACACACACACACACACACACACA